CGCAGCACGCGCGCGGUCCGUAGCAGCUCGGAACCUCCGCCGGCGGGCGGGGAGGGGGAGGGGCAGCUUUUCUCUGAGUUAUUCUUCAGAUACAGUAAACUGUACAUAUUUAAAGCGUACAAUUUGAUUAGUUUUGAUGACUUUAUACACACCUAUGAAAUCAUCACAAUUGAAAUAGUUUUGGUUCCCACCAUGGCCAUCACACAAUUUCGGUUAUUUAAAGUUUGUACCUGCCUAGCAACAGUAUUCUCAUUCCUAAAGAGAUUAAUAUGCAGAUCAGGCAGAGGACGGAAAUUAAGUGGAGACCAAAUAACUUUACCAACUACUGUUGAUUAUUCAUCAGUUCCUAACCAGACAGAUGUUGAAGAGUGGACUUCCUGGGAUGAAGAUGCACCCACAAGUGUAAAGAUCGAAGGAGGGAAUGGGAAUGUGGCAGCACAGCAAAAUGCUUUGGAACAACUGGAACCUGACUAUUUUAAGGACAUGACACCAACUAUAAGGAAAACUCAGAAAAUUGUUAUUAAGAAGAGAGAACCAUUAAAUUUUGGCAUCCCAGAUGGUAGCACAGGUUUCUCUAGUAGAUUAGCAGCUACACAAGAUAUGCCUUUUAUUCAUCAGUCGUCUGAAUUAGGUGACUUAGAUACCUGGCAAGAGAAUACCAAUGCAUGGGAAGAAGAAGAAGAUGCAGCCUGGCAAGCAGAAGAAGUUCUAAGGCAGCAGAAAAUAGCAGACAGAGAAAAGAGAGCAGCAGAACAACAAAGGAAGAAAAUGGAAAAGGAAGCACAGCGGCUAAUGAAGAAGGAACAAAACAAAAUUGGUGUGAAACUUUCAUAACAAGUGUUCUUCAGUUGUCAUAGUGCCAGUAGGAGAAAUCUGAGCUCCACAAUGCAAGCAACGUUUCUAUGGAUUUAAGAGUAUUUUCAGAAUGCAAAUACACUGCUUAAUUUUAAUGUAUUCAUCAGGCCAUCCAGGACACCAGGAUUCUCCCAAAAUACCUUGAACUUUUAGUGAUUGAGACUGAAAAGGACAAAAAAGACUUACGAGACAAUAUUUUCUUCAACAUGCCCCAAAUACAAGACAAUUGUUUGCUGUAGAGAAAUUAUUACAAAUGGAAUAUAUCAGUACCUCUCAAGCUAGUGUUUCUAGCUAAAUAAGUGGGUGUAAAUAAUUUUAUGGUGGAAAAGAACUCUGUUGUUAUUAUGCUUUCCUUCAGUGUGCAUAAUGAUAAAAUAAAUAAUUUUAAUAUUCUUUGGUUUCCAUGUUUACCUGACCUAAAUUAGACAAGUUGUAGGGCUUUAACUUAUUUUUGUUGUCAGAGCAGGUGUUGGCAUACAUUUUCUCUAAUUUGAACUGGUAUUGUUUAUGUUUGAUACAACAUGAAGGAAUUUGAUGAUUUUGGUUUUCAAGAAAAUGACAUUAAAU